AGUUUUUGUUAAAAACCCUUUUUGUAAAAAUAAGAAAACUGCACUUUAUCUUUAGUGAAAUUAACACUUGUAUAGGUUUAAACUAAACUAUCAAAAAAUAUUUUAAAUAUAUAAGGGUCUGUAAAAGUAAAAAAUGGAAAUCUCAUUUAAAGGCAAGCGAAUUCUGGUUACCGGUGCAGGACAAGGCAUCGGAAGAGGCAUAGCGAUAGAGUUAUGGCGAGCCGGGGCAAAUAUUGUCGCACUAUCGAGAACCAGAGCUCAUUUAGAGACUUUGCAGAGCGAAUACCCUUCGAUAGACAUCGUCGUCGCAGACAUCGGCAACUGGGAUGAGACGCGCGCGGUUAUUGAAUCACUGGGACACUUUGAUGCCUUAGUAAACAAUGCUGCUAUUGCCAUAUGCGAGCCCUUCCUGACAUGUUCGCCAGAUGCAUUUGAUAAAACAUUUGAUGUUAAUGUUAAAGCCAUAUUAAAUAUAAGCCAAGUAGUUGCCAGAAAAAUGAUAGAGAAAGGAGUUCACGGUGCCAUAGUGAAUGUCUCCUCACAGGCAUCAAAAGCCGCAUUAAAAGACCAUGCCAUAUACAGUGCUUCCAAGGCCGCUUUAGAUGCCCUCACCCGAGCCAUGGCCCUGGAGUUGGGCUCUCAUGGUAUCAGGGUGAAUGCUGUCAACCCUACUGUGAUAAUGACAGCUAUGGCGAAAGUGGGUUGGUCCGACCCUGAGAAAAGCUCAGAAAUGAAAGCCAAAAUACCACUUGGAAGAUUUGGCGAAGUCUCUGAAGUGGUGAACACUGUUCUGUUCCUUUUGAGCGACAAGGCCAGCAUGAUUAACGGAGUAGAACUGCCUAUUGAUGGAGGAUUCCUCGCUACAUAAUCUCCAAACAUACCAAAGAUAUUGAGAACAAGUGGUUCUUGUAUAUUUAAGAUCUGUUAAUAUUUUUAUAUCAUAAUUAUUAUAAGUAGUACCAAAGAAAUGAAAGCAAUUGCCAUUGUAAAUUAGUAACUUGUUUAAAUACAAGACAGGGAUUAAACAAAUAAUAAGGGUAUGUUAAUAUUGUUAUAAUAACAUACCCCUUACCUUACUAAUAAAACUUACUCAAAGGAUAUGCUGCAAUUUUUUUUAUUCUUGUCUGCUAUAUUGAAAAAGUCUUUAUAUUACUUGUAGAUUACCCAUUGUGUAACUUUUAUUGGUAGUUAGAGUUACUGUACCUAUGUAGUCAUGAUUGUUUUCUUAAUGCCUGUCUUAUGUCUAUUUUUCCUAGAUAGAUAUACUUAAUUAUGACUAAAAACAAUUUAACAUUAAGAAAAACUAAAUGAAUUCACUAAAAAGUGCUACUUAUCAAUAUUCAAAAUUUCAAACUGAUUUUGUGUAACAAGCAAUCUGUUAUUACGU